AUUAUUUCGUUAGUUCCGGUUCCGAGUGGUUUUGGUUCUGUUAGCUGUCGUACGCCAUGUCUCGUAGUGGUAUGAAAAGAAAGAAUGUGGACAAUGGUCUUUUAGAAAAUUUAGAAAACUCUGCUGCUAAUCCCUGUAAUACGAAUGGUCCAAGUGUUGUUAGACGGGGAAGAUCCAAAAAGAAAGAUAUUGAAGAUGCUGCUUCAAAUGCCUCGGAUGCUAAUGAAAAAACUAUGGAGCUGCCAGCCUCAAGACAAAGAAAAAAUGUUAAAGAGCAAGGGAUAAAAGGUGGUGAAAUUUCUACAAAUGGCGAUAGUAAAGCUGAGAGUGGAACAAAAUCUACUGAUGAAGUUCUAAACCCAAAGAAACGGGGUAAAACCAAAAAUAAUCGCAUUGAAGGUAAUUUGAAAGUAGCCGAUAUAAAUGAAGAAAGUGCGCCUGUAGAAGAGAGUGAAGCAGAUAUUGCACCUAAUCUUACAAAACCUAAUGCAGUUGAAGAAAGUAAAGGUAUAUUGCAAAAUGGAAGUGCAUUUUCUAAUAACGCUAUUGAUCCCAGUGAGGAAAGCAAGAAGCCUAAUAAGCGAGGUAGGAAAAAGAAGCUGGAUGAAAAGACUGGCGCCGAAAAUGGCAAAACUGCUGAACCUGAAACUGAAAAAGAAGAUCCAGUGGUUGAAAAACUUCCUGUCAAGCGCGGGAGAAAAAACCUGAAGUCUACGAAAAUAACAGAAGGUGAUAGUACUGAAAGUGUAAAGGCUGCAACAAAUGAAAAAGUGGUUCCUGACGUUAAGGACGAUGAGAAUGUCGAUGAUAAAAUCAAAAACAUUGUACCUGAGAAACGUGGAAGAAAAAAAGUCGAACAAAUUCCAAAAGAGGAAACUGCGAAAGCUACCACAAAAAGUAAUUCUAAAGAAAAGAAAGUAAAAUCAAAUGAAAAUAUUGCAUCUAAAAAGAAACACAAUGUUCCUGCAUUACUUGAUGAACCACUUAUUCAGGAAAACAGUAACAAUGAAGAACUAUUAGAGAUUGAGACAAAAACAAAUGAACCUGCUGAUAAAAAGAAGAAAAAAAAUGCUGCAAAAAAAUGUCCUACUGUUGACCUGAAGGACUGUUCUGUUAUGUUAAAGAGAAAUGAAAAUACAGAAAAUGCUCUGCAAGAACUUGCCUCUAUACCACUUCAAAAGAAAUCUGAUGAGGAUAAAAGUAAAAUUACUAAAUCAGCAGAAGAUCAGGAUAACGGUGAAAGUUCAAAGGGCAAAAACAAGAGAGGACAAGAUGGUAGUGAAGAUGAUUUUAAACCAACUAAACCAGCAAAAGUUCCUAAAAAAGCUACUAAAUCUUCAGAACCUAAAAACAUAGCCAAAACUCCUGGAAUUGAAAAGUUAGAUUUUAGCAAUAAAUCAACUAACUCUAGUGGUAAGCCUUGGAACUUUAAAAUCUCUUCCUGGAAUAUCAAUGGUGUUCGAGCUUGGCUUGAGAAGGACGGCCUUUCAUACAUUAAUCAUGAAAAGCCAGACAUUAUUGCUUUGCAAGAGACGAAAUGUUCUGAUGAUAAACUACCUGAAGAAGUUACAAAAAUUGAUGGCUAUCAUUGUUAUUGGGUUGCUGGAGACAAAGAUGGGUAUUCAGGAGUUGGUCUUUUAUCAAAGCAAGAACCAAUUGAAGUGAAGUAUGGAAUCGGUAUUGAUCAACAUGACAAUGAAGGCCGAGUCAUUACUACUGAAUAUGAAAAUUUUUUUUGUUAUGUUCCUAAUGCUGGAAGAGGUCUUAUUCGCUUGGAGUACAGAACACAAUGGGACAAAGACUUUCGUUCCUAUUUAAAAAAGUUGGAUGAAAAGAAGCCUGUUAUUUUAUGUGGUGACCUGAAUGUUGCUCAUGAAGAAAUUGAUUUAGCUAAUCCUAAAACCAAUAAAAAGAAUGCUGGAUUUACAAAGGAAGAAAGAGAUGGGUUUUCUGCUUUACUAGAAGAAGGUUUCUUGGAUACAUUUAGACAUUUGUACCCGGAUGUCAAAAGUGCUUAUACUUUCUGGACUUACAUGAUGAAUGCCCGAGCAAAAAAUGUUGGAUGGCGUUUGGAUUACUUUGUCAUAUCAAAACGCUUUGAAGAUUGCCUGUGUGAUAGCAUCAUUAGAAAAGAUAUCUAUGGAAGUGAUCACUGUCCCAUUACUUUGUUCCUGGCAGUUUAGUCAUGUUAUGACAUUUUUAAAAAUCCUUUUCAAUUUCCAUUGUUUUUUAUAGUAAUAUUCUUCGAGAUGAAAAUUGUUCAACUGUGAUAAGUGUACUUCUAUUCAUUCUCAUCAUUUUAUAAAAUAAAUUUUUUAA